AUGGACCCACCAUGUGUCGCCAGCAACGGGAAUUCCAACACAGCGACUGAAUCCCCCCUUUGCGCGAUAUGUUCCGCACAGCUGGCCUUGGAUGACGCCGAUUCUGGUGGGGCCCUGAAGAAUGAAAAUGGGGUAUCAGUACUAUACUUCCCAUAUGCAGAGUCACUCAGAUCCAGUCGGCACAACAGUCUCGAGAUUGAAGAAUCUGUUAAUACUUGGAAAGGAGGAGUUGUUUAUGAGCGAACGGUGACGCCGCCUAAUCUGCCGGAACUCUCCGAUUCCUUUCCUUGCAAAUUCUGUCUUACGCUGAAAAGAUCGUUGCUGGAUCGCUACGGUGACUGGCUCUGCCACCCCGAAAUGGAGAACACUUAUGAUCAAACAGCACCAGACAAGUUUCCGGUUAUGGCAGAACCUGGUCGCUGUAGAGAUUGGCUUCACAUCGAGCAAACUCCUAUAGAAAGAUCUCCGUCCGGAAAGGUCCUGCGUUUGACCAAAGAAUGGAUUAAAAAAUGCGAUUCAAAUACAGAGUGCGCAGAGCAUCGCAAGUUUUCGCAAAACAAAGUAAAUUUCUUACCAACACGACUCCUCUAUCUUGGCGAUGGUACAACGGGUCAGUGCCCCCAAAUUGUGGAGGCAAGAGAUUUUCUUGAAAUUCGUUCAGAAAUUGGCAGACAGCAUACACUGUCGAAGUACAAAUUGGGGUUACCAGAACACAAGAUCCCACAGCUUUUUCAGGACGCAAUUGCUGUGUCCCGCGGGAUCGGUAUCCAGUAUCUCUGGGUCGACGCCCUUUGUAUCCUCCAAGAUGUACGCGAGGACUGGGAAAGAGAGGCCUUCAUGAUGUCGGACAUUUUUUAUCACUCCUUCAUUACCAUCGGCGCAGCAACCGCAAGGAGCUGCCAUGAUAGCAUUCUCGAUCCGAGAGAAGAUCUCUCUUGUACCUUGGGCUUUCAGUCCUCGCUGUUGAAGGAGGUCGUCGGGUCAUACUGUAUUUAUCUCUCUAAAAUGUCGCACAAAAGACCCUCUGACACCGAUCUAUCCAAUUCUAUCUGGACAAACCGAGGCUGGGUUUGGCAAGAGCAGAUCAUGACACAGAGGCUUCUUGUAUUUGGUAGAAAGAUGGUACAUCUAAAAUGCCACGGUUGCAUCUAUUCUGAGAAUGGAACUGUGAGUAAUGUGUUCACGAGCUACAUCCUCAGGGCAUCGAAGUUUCAUACUACAGAUAUGUUGACUGGUGAUUGGGAGAAGUGGAUGAAUGAUUUUAGCGGCAGGCAGUUCACUUUUCCCAGCGACAAACUGGCCUCUGUAUCUGGUCUCGCCCUUGCAUUCGAAAGAGUAUUGGCUACGCGAGGCCAACCCCCGGAGUACCUUGCAGGACACUGGCAGGAUGAAAGGUUCCAUAUCAGCCUGCAAUGGACUGUUACGCCAGAGAACAAAGUUCCCUUCCGCAACAUGAUUAAGGAUCUAUAUGACCCUGAAAAAUACUGCGCGCCGUCAUGGAGCUGGGCGUCAAGGAAUCAAGGCCGGCUUAUCAUGCUACCCAUUGGAAACGAUCCGAAGGGAACAAAGGCGGACUUCGAGUUCAUAUCAAACAAUCUGGUUGCUGCGAAGUCAAACGUCCGAGUUAAAACGAGCCCAGGCUCAUCUAUCACGCUCCGAGGAAGGGUCCGCCCCUUUGUUUAUCCUCCAACUGAGAGCACUAGGCGCUAUGAUAGACUCAGAUAUAUACCCCGCUCUGCGGAGUGGGAAGUCUCUGUUCCUGGAGGUAAGAUUUAUUAUUUCCUGGAUUGGAAUCCCCUGCUGGACGAUACCUCGUGGGAGAAACUCAGGCCAUCUCUGCGGCUUUUUCUUUUGACCCAUAUUGGUAUGGGACUCGUUUUGUUAUCAGAAUCGAAUUACGAGCCUGGGUUUCGGCGGGUGGGCGUGUUCCUAUUCGUGUCCUCAAACAGAGGCAUGAAUGGUUCAAGUUGGUCACAACAUGGCUUUAUUUUCGAUAACUUAGAAUCCGACUUUCUUCAAACUGGCUGGAAUGUGGAAAUUGUGGUCCUUUACUAA